GGACUCCCGACUAUGAUUCAACCAAUUAGAGUGGCGUCUAUUCCCGAGUCGGCCAGUGCUUUGCUGUGAUUGGUUCAAUCGUAAUCGGGAGUCUGUAUAAGUUUAAUACGGGCUUCAGAGAACCUAAUUAGAUCUCAAUAGAUAAUAACAUUGAGUAUUCAAUGAAAGAGUCAGAUCUCUGAAGAUCUGAUGAUUUUAGAAUUAAAUACAAUUAGAUAUCGCAAUCCCAGAGUCCAAAUGUAAUCAUAUAUUCUUCAUCAGUAAAAUAAUUUUAAUAUCUUGUUAAACGAAAAGCUUAUUAAACUUGGCCUUAAUCAUAUGUCGUUAUAAUUAGAUACAUACAUAAUUGUGACAUAUACAUAUAGUGAGAUAUUUUCAUUUUUUCUCGGGAAUGUAAUAAGAAUAUUGGCCUAAUAUUGAUACAAUGUUAAACUAAUAUUAUUAGACAUAUUGACUAAAUAAGAGAAGGCGUCCAUCUUAUAAUAUUGGACCAAUAUUGGGAAUACUGGAUUUAUACAUUACUUCCCAAUAUUGUGCACUCCGCUUAUUUUUUUGUCUACAUUGAAACGUAAAGGCGAAGAAAUUCCCCCCCUCCCUCUUGUCGCAAGAAUAAAAACCAAAUGCGAGAUGUAAUAGAAAUUUUCUCCUCCUUGAGGAAUUUCCGAAGGGUCUGACGAUUUCACGAGCCGAGCCUGCUCGUUGAUGUCAAAACGUGAACGACACGACAGGCCGGCGAUAUCAGCUUCUUUCCAGGCACAUAGUAUACAUAUAUACUGCUUUGCGAGACGCUCAAUCGCCAGUAUCGCUCGUGAUCGCUCGUCACGCGUGGCUGGCUGGCGCGCCUGUUUUGCCGAUCGAGACGAGAGCACGUGGCCGCACCGAAGGAAUCUCUUUUUUUUUUCCUCCGCACGACGACCACGAUGACGACGGGCAGCGUCGCCGAGCCGAUCGGUGCGGAAAUGGCCCACGUGCCGACGGGAAACAGUCGCGGAAACAUCAAGGACGGCGUGAUCAAUUUCGUGGCCGGUUCGCUCGGCGGUGUAGCGCUCGUCUACGUCGGCCAGCCGUUGGACACGGUAAAGGUAAAGAUGCAGACCUUCCCGUCCAUGUACAAAGGCAUGGUAAAUUGUUUUCUGCGUACGUUGCGAACAGACGGUAUUGCGAGGGGCUUGUACGCCGGAACGAUCCCAGCGGUAGUCGCAAAUGUAGCAGAGAACUCGGUGUUGUUCGCCGCAUACGGUGGAUGUCAGAAAGCAAUCGCUCAUUUAUCAGGUGUGCAGGACGUAAAACAGCUCAGUUCCUUCAGCAAUGCCUGGGCCGGCUUCUUUGCGGCGUUCUUUUCCUCGCUGACGCUGUGCCCAACGGAGUUGAUAAAGUGCAAGCUGCAGGCUAUGAGGGAGGUUGAACAGACGCAAGCCACAACUGCCACGAGAAAAUCAACGAAACUUCAUAUAGGACCGUGGAAUUUAACGAGGCAGAUUCUUAGGGAGCAAGGUGUAAGAGGCAUGUUUACAGGUCUCUCGUCGACGAUAGCCCGCGAAAUGCCGGGCUAUUUCUUCUUCUUCGGCGGCUACGAGGGCACGAGGGAAUUGCUAGCCGCGAAGGGUCAGAGUAGGCAAGACAUCGGCUGGCAAAAGACAAUGGUGGCUGGCGCGGUCGGUGGCGCGAUGCUCUGGCUGGCGAUAUAUCCAGCCGACGUUGUCAAGAGUAGAAUACAGGUGCAGAACUUGAAAACGCCCGCCUUGAUAGUUUUCAACGAUAUCGUGCGGCAAGAAGGCAUCGGCGCGUUGUACAACGGAUUGACGCCGACUCUAAUCAGAACGGUACCAGCGACCGCGACACUGUUCGUUACCGUCGAAUACACCAAGACACUUAUGCACAAUUAUUUCUAAACUCAGUUUCAACAUUUCCGUCGUCUCACGUGACCUGAUGUCCCACGAAUAUCCUGUACGCAAAAGCAUUUUUCGGCA